UCUCCUAUUUCUCUAUUGUGUCUUAAAUGGAAACUUUAUGAUUUCUGAUGAUCAGUCUCACGACUCUCAUCUCUUUCUCUUUCUCUAUAAAUGACCUUGUGAUGUUUUUGCAGCUAUAUAUAUAUAUGGACAUUUGUGUCUGUAUUUUUCCACCCAUCUUUUCUAUCUAUAGUAUACAGUACUAAAGAAAAAAAAGGGAAAAAUAAAAAUUCCAUUUUUAUCUCUCAUUUUGACAAAAGCAAGAGAGAGGUCUCUUCUUAUUUUGCAGGUUGUUCCUCUUUGCCUCCCCAUUUUUGCACAACAUCAACCACCAUCAUCAUCACUGAAUAUAUCCUUUUUUUGUAUCACCUACCUCAUCACUUGGUAGUACAAAGAAGUAUCCAAUUCCUCUUUCUAUCUCUGUCUUUUAACUAUUUUUGCAAGAAAUUAUUUAUCAAAAAUAACUAAAAACCUAAUUUUUGCCCUAAAUCACUCAAAAUCUAGAGAAAGAACCCUAGUUUGGAAACAUCUGAAAAGCUAUGGAUUUGAUCUCUCAAAACCACAACAACAAGAACCCUAAUACCAGUCUCUUGACACAAACUCCUUCUUCUUCUUCUUCUCCACCCUCCUCUAGCCGCUAUGAAAACCAAAAACGCCGUGACUGGAACACUUUCUGCCAAUACAUCCGAAAUCACCGUCCGCCGCUCUCUCUAGCGUCUUGCAGCGGCGCACACGUCCUAGAGUUUCUGCGUUACCUUGACCAGUUUGGCAAAACCAAAGUCCACCACCAAAACUGCGCCUUCUUUGGCCUCCCAAAUCCUCCGGCUCCUUGUCCUUGUCCUCUCCGACAAGCAUGGGGCUCACUAGACGCCCUCAUCGGCCGUCUCCGUGCUGCCUAUGAGGAGAACGGUGGAGCUCCCGAGACUAGCCCUUUUGGCUCACGUUCCGUCAGGAUUUUCCUCAGGGAGGUUAGAGAUUUUCAGGCUAAAUCACGUGGCGUGAGCUACGAAAAGAAGAGGAAAAGGAACAAUAAGCAAAUAACUCAGUCUCAGCCGCAGUCGUUACCGCUUUUACCGCAACAGCAGCAAGGUCAGUCAGUGAUGGCUAAUUACCACCAAGGUGCGACUCGAUAAUAUUGUAUUACUUCCAUAUAUGUAUGCUCGUCGUAUCUAGGUAUUUUAUACGUACCAAUAUUUGUAUUUGUGUAAUGCAAUUCCUAUUUUCAUCCAUGUACCGCUUAUCUAUUGUUUUGUCUUUUCCAAUAACCAAAUGAGUGGUAUAAUUAAACUUUGAUCGUAUUUGCCUAUUUGGCUUAAUACCUUAGAAUAUAUAUGAUUACGUUAAAGCCU